AUGAAGAGUAGAACACAAAAACCACCCCGCAUCACAUACCAUUCACUAAUAGUGAACUCUAAAGUCUUCGAAGAAAUAAACAAGCUGAUAGACAAAAAAGAAGACUGGUGCGAGGUGGUAAGAGUAAAGAAAACAAAAAACCAAAAACUAGUAAUCAGCUGUGCCAAGAGUGAAGAAGCAAACAAAUUAAAGAAUAUAUUGGAGAAAACUAAUAGCAAACUAAACAUAGAACAUGCUAAAAAUAAAAACCCUUUAAUACUCGUAAAAAACGUAAAAGGAGAAAAUAAACUGGAACAAGUAAUAGAAGCUAUAAAGAGAAAAAUGGAGAAGUUGGGAAAAAGAAUCAAAUCAAAUCAAAUCAAAAUAUUUAUUGCGUGUCACAUUACAAACAAUGAGAUAUAACUAAGUUUUAGGUAUACAUGUGACGCCCUACAAGGGCAUUGCAAUAUGUAGAGGAGAAUAUAACAUUAACAAUAAUUUAAAAUUAAAAACAUCUCAUAA